UCGCGAUCCUCCUGAAGAGUUUGAGCUCCAGCAGUGUGCAAGUGCAAGUAAAUGUGAAUGUGGAAAUUUUCCAAUCUACUAUCUAGGCAGAGCUGGAAGGAACCCAGGUUCCAGACCGAGGCAGAAGGCGAAGUGGAAAAUAAACGAAGAAAAAGUGCAACUGGAAGUGUGGUAACUAAAGAGAAGGAAGUCUAGUGAGUGCUGAACCCGGUUUACCGCCGACGGACGGAGUAGUUUGUGAAUGGAUGGAUAUCACUGCCGUCGUCGUCGAGAAGUCCCGUUCCUGAUGUGAGAACGAGGGAUGAUAUUAAUGGGAAGAUAAAAGAGUGUGAUAAGGAAGUGGAGCAAGGAAAAAAAGUGUCGUUGACAAGUGCCCCCCGACUGCAGGAAGACGCGAGACGAAGAAGUCAACAGUUCACACCGCAAUCAAGCCGUUUGCCCUCCGGUCUGAGAGUGCGUUUACCAAGCUAAAUAGGAAAAGAAUAGCACUUGUGAGCAUCUCGUGAACAACGAGGAAGUGUCUGAGUAUUGUUGCAGUGAAUUCGUGUGGAAAAUAUCCCAUCUUGUCGGCAGGGGAUUACUUCCGGUCAUAAUUCGCCUCCCUCCCUGGUGCCUUGUGCUGUGUGCUACGAAGAAAGUGUUGAAAAGCAAACAAAGCUCGCCCCAGUCGGUCGUGUGUAGGAGGAAGCCCUACCAAGAGGAUAUCUUGCAAGGAAGCUGCUGGCUGACCAACACACUCCGCACCGGAACAUAUUGUGUUGCUAUAUUGUUAUAAUCGCUCUGUGGGAAACCCACACAACCCGUCCCCGUCGUCGUCGUCAUCAUCCUGUAUUCGUCGGUGCAGACACAAAGGCAGUUAGUUGAGAAGCUCCCACAAAAUUGACCAACCCUGCUGCCAAUAACCAAAGAAUGCACCAAAACCACCAUGCUGCUGCCUCAGGUCAUUGCCGAACGCCAGUCAUUGCCAUCGCAGUUGCCGCCAUCAGUAUUCUCACACUUCCGCACCCGGCAGCGACCAUCCCGACCACCACCGAGAUACCAAAAUGCACCGGCCCACCGAACCCUGGCGGCUGCCAGGGCGUCCAGAAUCGGUACUACUUCAACCAGACGACCAACAAUUGCACCCAGUUCACCUGGGGCGGUUGCGGAGGCAACCUGCAGAACAAUUUCGAAACGUACGAAGUGUGCAUGCAGCAGUGCAAUAACGAGACGCAAACGCAGCCUCCGGUGCAGCAGCUAACAACGGCCAACAGCACGUCCACCACGGUGCAGACCCAGACGCAGGAAGCCCUGUCGCAGCGGUACUCGUCCAGCAGCACCCAGCCACCAAUGCCGGACGAACUGCGGGGCUCGGAGCUGACGUUCAAGGAAACCGGCUACGAGAAAACGUUCAUGUUCGCCAAGAACAACACGUUCAUCCAGAUGGACGGCGAAACAAUACAAACAUUUCAAUUAAGAUUAUGCCGUGAAAUAUCAUUCCAAUUCCGCACCCGGCUGCCGCACGGGCUGCUGGUUUAUCACAACGUCAAGACCCCGGCCGGCGUCAAGCUGGACCCGUACGCCCUCUACGUCAUCGUGGAGAAGGGCCAGCUGAAGGUGGUGCACGUGUUUGGCAACCACUCGACCAGCGUCACCGUCGGCGAGGGCCUCAACCGGGACGAGUGGCACAGCGUUAUGGUCCGGAUAGACGUGCACGGAGCCCGGCUGAUAGCCCGUGUUGAUGACCACAAGGAGGAAGUCUACCUGAAAGGGCUGAAUCACGAAACCAACUACGGCGUCUCGAUCAACCUGAUGUCGGUGGUGCUGGUCGGAGGUCUCAGCUCCGAGGAAAAACUACACGGCGUCAAGUACAUAAUCGAGUCAUUUGUCGGCUGCAUCCGCAACGUGGUCCUCAGCUCCGGCAAGGCGGCAUCGGACCUGCUGCCCAUCACGCCCCUCAUCGCGACCAAACACGAAAACGUGAAGGAAGGCUGUCGCAACAAAUGCCACUCCCGGCAGAACCUGUGCUUCCCGGGAUCCCGCUGCGUCAACCACUACUACGACAUUUCGUGCGACUGCUUCGGGACCAAGUACGAGGGCGAACACUGUGAUAUCUAUACCGCAACAGUAUUAACGCUGCGAGGUUCGAGCUACGUAUCGUACCGGAUCUACGACUGGAAGGACCGCGUUCACUCGCCCGUCACACGCAUCAGUUUGAUGUUCAAAACGAACUACGACGACUCGGCGCUGUUCUACGCCAGCGGGGAAUCCCUCAAACCGCAGUAUAUUGCAGCCUCCAUCAAAAACCACUCGGCGUACAUCGAGAUGGAUUUCGGCGAUGGCGUCAUGACGGCGGUGCUCGGCCAGGAUCUCACCAAGCACUACUGGCACAAUCUGACAAUUUAUCACGAAAACAAUCAAGUCACGGCCAUUCUGGAUGACCACAUGAAAAUCCUCGACAUCCCCGGAGUCAUCCACAAUCUGCUCUUCGAUCCGGAAAUCUACUUCGGCGGUGGCCCCAACCUGUCCAAGCGCAAGGGUCUCGCUUCGAACAACAACUUCGUCGGUUCGCUCAAGUACGUUUUCUACAACGACGUUUCGGUGCUGUUCGAGCUGAAAAAGGCCAACCCCAAGGUGCACUACAUCGGCGUGCUGGAGGAGGAAUUCCGCGAAAUCGAGGUCGACGUCAUCCCAAUCACCUUUUCCUACGCCAAAUCGCACAUCUGGUGGCCGCUGAGCACCAAAGAUACGCUGAAUCUCAAGUUCGACUUCAAGAGUAGCAAACCGUCGGCCGUGUUGGCUUACAGCGAAGUGAAAACAGACGACGCCAUCGGAUACUGGGAGAUUCGCCUCUCGUCCGACCGGCUCAGCUUCGACCUGAAUCCGGACAUAAAUAGCAACAUCACCCACAACACCUACAUUAAGAUCGACAACCCCACGUCGUGGCACGCAAUUCAUCUGACCUACGCCCAGGGCAAAAUUACGUUCGUGGUCGACUUUCGGCAUUCCGUCACCCAGCUGUACGGGCUGUCGUUCAACGUCGGCGAUAAGCUCAUCAUCGGAAGCAGCCUGAAGGCGGCCGCCUCCGGUCUCGUUGGAUGCCUGCGAGAUUUGAAAAUUAAUGGUGUGGAAAUCGAGCCACGCUUUCUGGUCAAAAGUGAACGGGUGGUGGGGGAUGUUUCCCUGGACAACUGCAAGUACAUUGAUCCCUGCAAGAAACCGAACACGUGCGAGCACGGUGGCAAAUGCUCGGUCAAAGACGACAGCACCACGUGCGACUGCAAGGACACCGGAUACAUUGGUAAGAACUGUCACUUUACCCAGUACCGCAAGACGUGCGAAGAGCUGGCCCUGCUGGGCUUCUCCAAGUCGGACGUCUACUCGAUUGACAUCGACGGCAACGGGGUGUUUCCGCCGGCAAGGGUCAAGUGUGACUUCCAAAGUCUAACCAAUGCCACCAAGACGAUAGUGGAGCAUAAUUUACCGUCGCAGGUGGACGUGCGUUCAUUCGACGACGUUGACUUCAGCUUCCAGAUUCAGUACCGAGAGUUCAACGCCGAGAUGCUGCAGGAGCUGAUUUCGCAUUCCCUUUACUGUACGCAGUACGUCAAGUACGAUUGCAUCCAAGCUCCGCUGGAUUUGCACUCGGCCACGUGGUUCAAGUCGUCCUACAACAACAACACCAUCGAUUCGCUCGGAGAAGUUAAGAGAGGAACGUGUCCAUGUUCGGUGGCACAGAGCUGUAUCGAUCCGGGUGCGACCUGCAACUGUGACGCCCGGUCCGACAAAUGGCAAUCGGACGAGGGAUUCUUUAGGGAUCCGACGAGUUUGGGCAUCACGCAGAUGUACUUCUUGCAACAGAAGGAACUUCUCAACGACAAAUCGCAAGGGCGCAUCACACUCGGUCCGCUGGAAUGUGUGGAAACAAACACCCAAAAAUACGUCGUCACAUUCACCACGUCCCAAUCCUUCAUCGAAGUGCCCGGCUGGAGGAAAGGUGACAUUGCAUUCUCGUUCCGAACCACCGGUGAAAAAGCCAUCCUUCUGUUCCAACCGCCAAUCCGAUCGAACUUCCCGUCCUUUAUGGUAGCUCUCACUGGAGACUACCAGCUCACGUUCAAUUUCACCCUCAACACCGGAACGCCGAAAACGCUGACGAUCGAUACCAAUCGAAAGCUGAACGGUGGCGAGUGGCACAAGAUCUGGAUCGAUUACAAUGAACACCAUGUGCGGUUUAUGAUCAAUACCGAUACGCGGAUGGUGGAUCUUCAACCGGAGGAGGAAUUUGGCCCGUUCGAGGGCAGUAUGUUCAUCGGAGGGGCACCCACUGAAAUCUCCAAAAAGUACACCGUCAAGCAAGGCCUGAUCGGCUGUUUCCGUGGUCUGGUGGUCAAUGGCGAGAUAUUGGACAUCUACAGCUUCAUGUCGGUCCACCUGUCGGAAAUCAUCAAAGACUGCCGACCGUCCUGCGUUCCUAACCCGUGCAAGAGUGGAGCUUACUGUCGGGAGCUGUGGAGCUCGUUCGAGUGUGUCUGCAAAAACCGAUGGGCCCACCUAGGCCAGCACUGCGAAACGAACAUCAACGAAGAUGCACUGACGUUCACCAGUCGGGAUUCGUACCUGAAGCGGAACUACAUCAGCGACGCCGAGGACCAGCGGGAGGAGCGCGAAAAGCUUCGCAGCAUAUUAAAUUCCUCGCUGCUAAUAAAUCUCCGCACGUACGAUAGGCACUCGUUCGUGCUGUACGCCAACGAUCACUUCAACAAUUUCAUCCAGCUGUACCUGACGAACGGCAACCAGAUGGUCUAUCUGUACAACUACGGCAACGAUAUCGUCAAUCUGACGCUGGAGCACGACGGGCUGAACAAUGCGCGCAGCAUCCAGGUGGCCGUCAUCCGGACCGAGACCAACACGACGCUGUUUGUCAACGAGAAGAACGUCACGGUGGAGCGGGGCCAUCUGCUGCUGGAGGAGUACUCGAACAAACCGUGGAACAACCCGGAGUUGGAGGUCCUCUCACCGCACCGGCCUCCAGCCCCGCCCACGGAGUACUUCCAGUUCAACAUCGGUGGCUACGAUCCGGCCAAUCUGCUCAAACCGAAUGCCGACACGGAGGACCUGCAGGGCUACAUCGGGUGCAUCCGGGGCCUCAAGGUGGGCGAUAAUUUGAUUUCGCUCAAAGAGAUGGCCCAGCAGAACAAUGCCCACGUCAAGGACGGCGUGCAGGACGAUUGCCAGAUGAAGUGCGAUGCGGAACCGUGCAAAAAUGGUGGCAUCUGUACGGAGAAUUUUGCCAAACAGGAAAGCUCCUGCAAUUGCGAGCAUACGAGCUUCCUUGGGGAGUUCUGCUCGGAGGAAAAGGGAGCCAGUUUCAGUGGGGAGGCGACCGUGCUGAGAAAGUUUGUUCUGACUGAGAAGGUGGAACAGGUUCGGCUGCAGUUGGCAUUUUCCAGUAAUGACAUGAGGCGAGCGAAUCGGGUGAUGCUACUGCUGCAGACGAAGAACGAUCGAAGCUUCUACUUGAUGGUGGCUAUCAAUGCGGAAAAUAAUCUGGUCAUUCAGGAAGACCGUGAAGGGGCAACUUAUGAGGCCGUCAUCGGGCACAACUUUAUGGACGAUUCACGGCAUUCGAUUUUCUACAAUAGACACGGCAACGAAAGUUCACUGUUGGUAGAUCGAAAGACGUAUCCGAUGAAGGCGAUCGACAACAAGGUGCUGAUUCCGGUGGCGGAGCCGGGAGAGAACCACGUGCAGCUUGGUGGAGUUAAUACAACCGAUAUUCGGUUCGCUGUGUACAAGGGCUACGAUGGAUGUUUGUCCAAUAUUUUCAUCCAGGUGAACAACGACACCAUGAAACCGUUGGAAGAGUACAUGCUGUUUACGAAGAGCGAGGUGGCAUCAAUCCAAGUCAUCAAUCCCCAGGGCGUCCGGUCGGCUCAGUGUAAGCAGUUUGACAUCGUUCCGAAGCUGCCCCUCAGCGAACCGGCCCUCAAUAUGUCCUCGGGCUCGGACAAAAACUGGGUCGUGGAAGCACCGACCCGGAUACCGUACGAAGCCAUCCAUGCGGACCCAUCGGACGAGGAGGACAAAACGCAGGUGGUGUUCAUCACACUGACGGCGGUCUUCGUGGUCAUUGUCGUGUGCUGUCUGAUUGAGGUGUACCGCUCGGAUCGGGAGUUCAAGAAGCGGCAGGAGCGCAAAACGGACGAGGAUAUCAUACUGUCGAAGGAACAGGCCGCGGCCAAAAUGCACUACGAGGCUGCUUCGGGACCCAACGCCGGCAAGGGGUAUAACUAUAAGGCGAUCCCGCUGGAUGAAAAGAAGGAGAACGGUGCCACCAAACCGUUAGUUGGAAUACUGAAGAACGGAAGCGUUACCCCUCCCAUCAAUGGGGAUGCAAACAGUCAAAAAAUUCCAGACGAAAAGGACAUGCAGCUCCUGACUGGCAUUCGAGACAGUCAACUGAUGGACCACGAACCGUUGUGGGAAUCGUUGGCCGCCGAGGAGGCGGAAGCCCUUAUGAAAGAGAUCCCGAAUGGUACCGACGAUAGUCGAGCCAGCUCCCGUCGCGGCAGCUCACCACAGCUGGCGAACGGAGGAAGCAACGGUGUGACCGGUCACCAUCCGUCCGACCGGGACGCGGACAGCGAUAGCGAACUGACCGACCCUCCGGACGCAAUAGAAACAAGCUCGGCUACCGUAGAUAUCCGCGUAGACUCGCAGGCUAAGCUCGACGAACCGUCGCAAUAUAAAUAUCAGCAUAACAUUGCAGAUCAAACAAUCCCCGAAGUAGACGAGCCAUCAACGUCGGACUCGUCCGAAGAACGAGAUGUCGUAGAUCACGCAGUCGUAGGAGAAACCCCAGACGGAGAACCGGUUGUAGUCGAUGCGGAACCACGGGAACCCCGGGUGCCGGACAAUGUAGUGUUGCGAGUCAAGUAUAGGAAACUGCCUCCGGUUUAUCUGGACGCCGACAAGCGGCAGUUCGGCAAUCCGAUUAGCUAUCUAGGUGGACCGCGGCUCGACAGUCGCAACUCGGUACGGUCGAGCCGGGGCGAUAGUUUAACCAGUUUGGACUCGCUGAUGUCGCUAGACUAGAACUUCGGAAUAAACUAGGUUUCGAUGGUGCUU